UCGUUCGGGGAGAAGACUGAUUGGAUCUGAUUGUAAACAGCAGGGAGAACUGGUUCCUGAACCUUAAAAAGGGGUGAAUUCCUCUGGAAUCAGCCUGGACUUUUCACUUUUGGACCCAUGGCGUUCACUGUGCAUGUUCUCCAGCUGGCCAUCUCUGUCUCUGUGUUUCCCAUCUUUCUUCUCCACUUCUUGGGCCUGUGGAACUGGAUAUGCAAAAAGUUCUUUCCUUACUUCAUGGUGCAAUUCACCAAGAGCUACAACAAAGAGAUGGCUGCCAAGAAGCAGGAGCUCUUUGGCAACCUGCAGGAGUUUGCGGGAUCCCCAGGGACGCUGGCCUUGAUGGAGGUUGGCUGUGGCACCGGAGCCAACUUCAAGUUCUACCCUCCUGGGUGCAGGAUCACCUGCAUCGACCCCAAUCCCAACUUUGAGAAGUUCCUGAUCCAAAGCAUUGCUGAAAGCCGACACCUCCAGUUUGAACGCUUCAUAGUGGCUUCGGGAGAAAAUAUGUAUCAAGUGCCAGACAACUCCAUGGACGCUGUGGUCUGCACCCUGGUCCUGUGCUCUGUACAGAAUCAAGAGAAAUUUAUCAAAGAGGUGCACCGAGUGCUCAGGCCGGGAGGUGCUUUUUAUUUCAUGGAGCACGUGGCUGCUGACCCGUCCACCUGGAAUUUCUUCUGGCAACGAGUUCUCAAGCCGACGUGGUUUCUAAUGUUUGAUGGCUGCGACCUGACCCGAGAGAGCUGGAAAGCCCUGGAGGAGGGGGGCUUCUCCAAGCUAAACCUCCAGCACCUGCAGGCGCCCCUCUCCUGGGAGAUAGUCCGGCCUCAUAUCCUAGGCUAUGCUGUGAAAUAACCGGGCGGGAGCGUCGGGGGGGGGGGGGGGGGGCUGGGAGGAGUUCUCAGUUCCCCUUUUAAAACUAAAUAUAGGGGGCAGCUAGGUGGCGCAGUGGAUAGAGCACUGGCCCUGGAGUCAGGAGUACCUGAGUUCAAAUCCGGCCUCAGACACUUAACACUUACUAGCUGUGUGACCCUGGGCAAGUCACUUAACCCCAAUUGCCUCACCAAAAAAAAAAUGUUGUGGGUAAGGGGAAGAACAGAGGCUAUUAUCUUGCUUGCUGAAGGGAGGGGAGGGCUGAUUAGGGAAAGAUGCUCUGUUAUGUUAUAUAUUCCUAGUUCCUGACCUCCUUGGCAAAACAUGAAAAAAAAAAUGCAACCUAGCUCACAGCUAUCCAGCAUGCAUGGGAAAUAUUUACUGUGGAAUACCCAAAUAAUCUCACAAUCACAUUCUAUUUAGCACCUUCAACUUUUCCAACAACAUAAUAUCGUGCUUGAGUUUCUUAACUCAAUCCUUAAAGAUUAGAUGUAAUUGUAUCUGAUCCAGAGAGUUAUAUUGUUAUCCUCAUUUUAUAAGGAAGGUUCAGAAAAAUCAGGUCAGUGACUUGCCCAAGUUAUAUAACUUAUCCAACAUACACACACACGGAUAUAUUGGAUAAAUGUAUGUAACUUGGAUGUAAAUUUUAAAUAUAUGUUUUAUAUACACAUGUGUAUGUAUAUGCAUUAUAUAGACAUAUGCCUCUGUAUAUGUAUGCUUAAAUAUAUAUAUAUGCUUUUUAUAUACAUAUAUAAAAUUUACAUCCAAGUUAUUUAAGUUUAUCCAACUGAUAAAGAACAGCCAAUAUGUGAUCUCAGGGCCUCUGACUCCAUUCGGCUCUAGGAUUCUUCUGACUCUGUUCCUUAGAAGGGCAAACAGUUUUCUAUUCGAGCCAAAGCCACAUAGGGUUAUUAAUACCCAAGUCUAGUUACUAAGGAUACAAAAGAACCUUACUAUAGCUCAUUACUAUUAAUAAAUCUGAGUAGAUUAUUCUUUAAUGUAUUUUGGUUCAUUGCUUUUAGUAUCUAUCUACCAUUGAGGUGCAAUAGCUUUGCACAGAAUGAGAAUGGGCCCCCUAGGAAUCAAGGAAGUUAUAGGUGGUACGGUGCCUUCACCCAAGGCUUCUUAAACUUUUUCCACUCAUGACCCCUUUUUGCCCGAGAAAUUUUUACGUGACCCUGGGUAUAUAGGUAUAUAAAAUAGGUAUACAUAACCUUUUACUGUUGCCAAAUUUUUCAUGACCCCCACAUUCAGUUAUGUGACCCCCUAUGGAGUUGCAACCCACAGUUUUAGAAGCUUUGGUCUAGGUUAGCUCAAUUGACAGACGAACCAGUCAACUCUAUCUGGGUGACCCUCACCACUAGCCCUGGGCAGGGUAUUUCUUUGUUCUGAGUGGCUGGUGCAAUAGCAGCUCUGGGAAGCCAGUUGGGUUGCCUGAAUGCAUUGGAAGUGGGUAUAAAUUGUUCUAUAUUUAGAAGAUUCCAUGGGUUUAAUAUUGUAGGGAAUCUAUUUUCUUACAUGUUGUCAUAAGUUUGGUAUUUGUCUCAAGAGGACCUUGCAAAGGGAACUGUUUUUCAAAAAAUCAAAUUAAUAAAGAAAUUCCUGUUCUUAGAAAUCAAA